AUGAAUCAUUUUGAUAAAGACGAGGUUCCGAUUCUGUUAGAAACACGUGCACCACGAUCUGAUGAACUUGUGGAGUCUAACUUGCGAAGGAACAUAUCGAGGACACGAAGUGCUUCAAUCUCUAUUUCUAUGGCUGCCUCAGAUCCAUAUGAGAGACAACCAUAUCUUGUCGGACACACUGGUCCGCUUCGUUCCGCAAGGAAAACUCCGGUAAACCAAAUGAGUGGUCCACUAUAUCCUACUCCUGCAACUGGUAAUCCUUUUCAGAAUAGUAUAGUAGUGGCGGGAAACAAAGUAGGAGAGAACAAGACAGAGAAGUUUGAUGACACGGAUGAAAAUCAUUGGAAUAAUAAAUAUGACAGAAAAAAUGAACAUUUAGUGAGGUCUGGACAACUCGGAAUGUGUAAUGAUCCUUAUUGCACUACUUGCCCUACUUACUUCAAAGUUGCUCAAAAAAGAAAACCACGAGCUUCCACUAUAUUUGAUCCUAAGUUCCACAAUUCUCUUUAUGGCGACGCCAAAGGUUUUGGAAGAAAACUUUUUUCUUUCUGCUCUUCAUGCAUUCCUGGAGUUAUGAACCCUCACACUAAAGUUGUACAACAAUGGAACAAAUUUUUGGCCAUAUUUUGCUUGGUUGCAAUUUUUGUUGAUCCGUUAUUUUUCUUCUUAAUCUAUGUGGAAAGGAAAAAUAAAUGUAUUCGUAUCAACUGGGCAAUGGCAAUAACACUUGUUGUACUUAGAAGCAUAACUGAUCUUGUGUAUUUAUUGAACAUUCUUCUUCAGUUUAGGUUGGCUUAUGUUUCUCCCGAGUCUAGGGUGGUUGGUGCUGGAGAUUUAAUUGACCAGCCCAGGAAAAUUGCUCUUAAUUAUUUUAAGGGUUAUUUUUUCUUCGACUUAUUUGUUGUAUCACCUCUUCCUCAGGUGAUGAUAUUGUUUGUCCUACCAACUUCCUUGGGGUCAUCAGGAGCAAAUUACGUUAAGAAUCUUCUACGCCUAGCGAUUCUUGUACAAUAUAUUCCCCGAUUAUUCAGAUUUUUGCCUCUGCUAAUUGGCCAGUCUCCAACCGGAUUCAUAUUUGAGUCAGCCUGGGCAAAUUUCAUUAUAAAUCUUCUCAUUUUUAUGCUAUCCGGCCAUGUUGUUGGGUCAUGCUGGUAUCUCUUUGGUCUACAGCGUGUUAACCAAUGUUUGCGUGAUGCCUGCCAUAAUGCUAAUCUACCUGGAUGCAUGAAUUUGAUUGACUGUGAUUUUAAAGGAGGGAUGCCAGCUAAAUGGAUUAAUGAUAAGGGUGCCGAUGCUUGUUUGAAUUCCCCAUCUGAUGUUUUUUCUUAUGGAAUCUAUACCUAUGCUGUACCGCUUACAACAGAAACUAGGGUGAUCAACAAAUAUGUGUAUGCACUGUUUUGGGGAUUCCAGCAAAUUAGUACUUUGGCUGGUAACCAAGUCCCGAGCUAUUUUGUGUGGGAAGUCCUCUUUACAAUGUCCAUCAUUGGAUUGGGACUCUUGCUUUUUGCGCUUCUCAUUGGAAACAUUCAGAACUUUCUUCAAGCUCUUGGACGGAGGAGGCUGGAAAUGCAGCUUAGAGGCCGUGAUGUUGAGCAAUGGAUGAGUCAUCGUCGCUUACCAGAACAUCUCAAGAGGAGAGUUCGGCAGGCUGAACGGUAUAGCUGGGCUGCAACAAGAGGUGUUCCUGAAAAAAUGGUUUUGGAGAAUUUGCCCGAAGAUCUCGUGACAGACAUACGACGUCAUCUCUUCAAGUUUGUUAAAAAAGUUCGCAUUUUUUCCCUUAUGGAUGAGGAUGAGCCUAUCUUAGAUGCCAUUCGUGAGCGAUUAGUACAAACAACAUACAUCAAAGGAAGUAAAAUUUUGAGUCAGGGUGGUCUAGUGCAAAAAAUGGUGUUUAUUGUGCGUGGAAAAUUGGAGAGCAUUGGAGAAGAUGGAAUUCCGGUUCCAUUAACUGAAGGGGAUGCUUGUGGCGAAGAGCUUUUAAGAUGGUAUCUUGAACAAUCUUCUGAAAGCAAAGAAGGUAAAAAAGUAAAACUUCAAGGACAGGGGUUGACUAGUGACAGAACAGUAAGAUGCUUGACUAACGUUGAGGCAUUUUCACUCCGCUCUAAAGACAUUGAAGAAGUCACCACUCUUUUUGCAAGAUUCUUACGGAGCCCUCGUGUUCAAGGAGUCAUAAGGUAUGAAUCGCCUUAUUGGAGAUCACUUGCAGCAAACAGAAUUCAGGUUGCAUGGAGAUACCGAAAGAAGCGUCUAAGUAGAGCUAAUACCACACAAUGA